GCCCCUGGCCACGAUUUGCUGGUUCGGAUGGAGGCGCUACCACUACCAGGCCAGUAUCCCCAAGACGGCCACCUUGGUUGCCAGCACGCUCAUGGCAGCUGGACUUGUGACACGCAUCUUGGCUUGCUUCUGGCUGCCUUUUGCGGCCGCGGGGGUGGAGGUCACACAGGCUUCCGGAGCCACGAUCUUCAAGGAUGACGCCCUGUUGGAAUACACCUUCUUCGGCAUUGGCGUGCAGUUUGGCGUGGGAGGCUCUCUCUACUGCGAAGUCCUUUGGUUCUUCAUGUCCUUGGUGUCGUCCAUGUCCUGCCAUGCCAUCAUGGUGCUGGUGUGGCUGACGCCGUUCCUGGCCCAGCACCGCCGGAAACUUCUUCUCGUGGCCCUGGUGCUCGGGCGAUUCCCGCUUUCCGAGAUGGAGACCACUGGCAACACGGCCAUGGCCUUGAGCAACGAUGUGCUGAUGCCCUUGGGCAUGAAGCAGACCCUGGGACUGGGCCUGCAGGCUGGAGCCUACUGCUCCUGGUUCUCGACGGUCUGCACAUUGUUUGCUAACCUUCUGCUCCUGAAGCUGUUGCCACGCCCCAUCAAGGAGAAGGAUUGGGCAGCAGGGAAGGCCCCAGUGAACGUGUCCGUGAUGCAGGGCUUGGCAAGCGCGGCUAUGGUAGCAGGCAUUUGUAUGUGGUUCUUCUGCGACUUCAUGGAGGCCGUCACGGACGGAGUUGCCGGAGCGCUCAUCGCUCCAUCGAAAUUCAGCGCCCAGAGUUUGGGUGGGACGGACGUGCGUCUCAGGGUCAUGGUGCUCCUUACCGCCGUGGGCUGCCCCAUCCUGCACAUCAUCGCAUUCCUGCUGGGUCUCUCCGGGAAGGCGCCCGGCCUGGCGCGGAGCCUGGCCGGCUUCGCGGCAACAUUCUGCCUCCUGGACCUCUUUGCCAUCGGCUACCUGAUUACCUUCAUCGAGGGCGUUAACGGAUUCGCCUCCUCGGCCAUCCGCGGCCUGGCCCCAGCCGUCUGCGAGGUCGCCAAAGAAGCCGUCGGAGAGGACUGCCUGACGAUGCAGAUCAACGUCAUUCCUCUGGGCACCAUCGGGCUGCUCUUGGCGACGGGGGCUUGGAAUGUCCUCUUCGGUGUGCAGGUCCUUGGCGUUGGCCAGGGGAAGCCUCAGGUGCGGGAUUCCUCCUUUCAGGAGUGCAGGGACCCAGUUCCUUGGCAAGUGGGUAGCAUGCCGUCUGUGUCAUUGUGGGUAAGCGUAAAGAUGGGAGUCAUGGCUUCAGCUGGGUACUUGGGCGCCUUCACCAAUCCAAGUAGCAGGACAGCGUUGUCGGCGUGA